AAGGUGUUCCCGAGGCCGCUCCCGUCCUCAGCCCGCCUCCCCGCUUCCCGGGCUCCAGCCUCCGCCGCGGAGCCCCACGAUGCCAGACAGUCCCGACACUUUGCAAAGACAAAGAGCCCUAGACCAGAGGGGGGAGGGAGAGGAGGAAGAAGAGGAGGAGAGAAAGCAGGAGGAGGCGACGUGAGCCGCGGAGGGAGCGAGGGUUCCAGGCACCCUCGCCCUGGGCUGCUCCUCGGGGCCCCCUCGUGCCCGCAGCCCGGAAACUCCAGCGUGUCUGCAGCCGCGAUGAAGAAACUGAACCUUGGAGAGGUUAAGGAACUGCACUGAGGUCACACAGCUGAAUUCCCGCUGGAUUGUCAGCCUUUGCAUUUCCCUCCAUUUGUUUCUGCAUUCCUUCAUGCUACCAGCCACCACUGAACACCGAGUGCGUGCCAGGUGACAGGGCCACAACCUUGGAGCUACUAAAAUGGCCAGCAUGAUGCUCCGUAUCUAAACAACAGAGGAGCCAGAACGAAGGAAAGUUUCCUCCAUCUUGACAAAAAUCCCAGGGUUCAGUCGAUUGGAUGGAUUAAGACAGACACUCAUCCCUGCACCAAUUGUUGUGAUGACACACAACCCUCUGUGCCUUCGUCAAGCUGGCCACUUAACCGCCACGUCUCUGGCGACACCAGGGGAAAGACAAAGCUCUAAUUAAUGACUGUCACAAACCACACUUUCUGGACAAGGGUGGCAAAGACCCUUCCUUCCAGAUCCUCACCCCCGAGGGACCCUGGACUGUCACAGAGAUUAAUUACCCCUCAACCCCUUUGGAUGGAAAACGAAAUCACUGUUACUAAGUUCGAUUAGAGCUUCAUCAAGACACACCAUUAGCUCUUUAAGGACUGUAGAGGAGGGAGGCUGCUUUACUUCCUGAGACGACAAAUUAUGGCAGGCACAGCCAACAUGACACGAAUGGCCUUUGUGGACCACGCAGUGAUGUCCAGAACACACGGGUGGCCGUCCCCUGGUGGAAGUGGAGUUGGCCGCAGCAGCCCUUGAGGCCUCCCUGGGAAUUCCCGCUGUCCCUUCUGAUCGAGUCUCCAUCCCUGGGAUCUUUCUCGUCCGUGUUUCUCCUCAAUUCGGAGGGAUUUCCUCUAGCCCGUCCCAGGGAGGCCCCCUCCAGGAAGGGAAGAUGGUGGCCAUGAGGAAAAGGACCCUCAAACUGCUGACCUUCCUUCUGCUCCUCGUCUCCCUCACCUCCUUCCUCCUGAACUACACCCACACCACGGUGCCCACCACCUGGUUCCCCAAGCAGAUGGUCCUGGAGCUCUCGGAGAACCUCAAGAAGCUCAUCAAGUACAGGCCAUGCACCUGCACCCACUGCGUCGGGCAGCGCGGGGUCUCGGCCUGGUUCGACGAGAGAUUCAACCGGACCAUGCAGCCACUGCUGACGGCCCGGAACGCGCUCCUGGAGGAGGACACCUACCAGUGGUGGCUGAAGCUCCAGCGGGAGAAGAAGCCCACUAACCUGAAUGACACCAUCAAGGAGCUGUUCAGAGUGGUGCCCGGGGAUGUGGACCCCGUGCUGGAGAAGGGGUCGGUGGGCUGCCGGCGCUGUGCCGUUGUGGGCAACUCUGGAAACCUACGAGAGUCCUUGUAUGGGCCCGAGAUAGACAACCAUGACUUCGUGUUCAGGAUGAACAAGGCACCCACUGUGGGGUUUGAGGCCGAUGUCGGGAGCAAGACCACCCAUCACCUCAUGUACCCCGAGAGCUUCAGGGAGCUGGGGGAGAACGUCAGAAUGGUCCUGGUCCCCUUCAAGACCAUCGACCUGGAGUGGGUGGUGAGCGCCACCACCACAGGCACCAUCUCCCACACCUACAUCCCCGUUCCCCCGAAGAUCAAGGUGAAACAGGAUAAGAUCCUGAUCUACCACCCGGCCUUCAUCAAGUACGUUUUCGACAGCUGGCUGCAGGGCCACGGCCGCUACCCGUCCACCGGCAUCCUCUCGGUCAUCUUCUCCAUGCACGUCUGUGAUGAGGUGGACCUGUACGGCUUCGGGGCAGACAGCAAAGGGAACUGGCACCACUACUGGGAGAACAACCCAUCAGCAGGGGCUUUUCGCAAGACGGGGGUGCAUGAUGCGGACUUUGAGUACAACGUGACAGCCACCUUGGCUUCCAUCAACAAAAUCCGGAUCUUCACAGGGAGAUGAUGCUGUGAAGAGUCGAGGAUGGACGCACCGGAUGGCGCCUCUCCAUUUCCAGCUCCAACAUCUGGCCGGGGUCGUCCGUUCUGAGAGCCUUGAGGUCCAGCCUUGGGGCUGUUCCCAGGUGCCACACACAGCCUCUCGCGCCCAUCCUCCAGCAGCAUCUACGCAGCAAGGUCAUGGAACUCUGCUGGGCUGCAGAGCAGGUCUCAGAACCUGCCUUGGUUGGAGAGAACUUUCCUCCACUGCUGUUCCAAGCUGGGGAGAUGCUGGGAAAGGUCCAGUCUCCAAACACGAAAUAGUCUGGCAUCUGCCGCAGGGGUGGGGGUACAAACACUAAAGACUCCCACAUUCUGAAAGUCAGGACAAUUUCCUGGGGGAGAUGGGCAGAGAGACAUGCCACUGCCAAGGGCUGCAGGUUUGACUCUUAACCUCCGAUUCUCACUGGGAUGUUUCCGAGUGACAGUUACCUCCAGGACAGAGUCACACUGGGCUGCAUUGGCACUCAGGGCGAGAUGAUGUCCUUUGCACAAAGCCUGGCCUCUCACUUGGUAUGACAACCCCGUCAUUCCUUUCUUCCCAAAGCUCAUUUAUGAUGGGGAGAGGCUGCCCACCCCAAAGAUCUUCAUAGAAACGUGUUUCUGACUCCCGAAGAUCCCUCUUCCCAAGUCGAUGUUCCCUGGAGUGAUCAUUCUCGGUGGUUAUGAUUAUGGCUGAGUGCAGAUCUGAUUAAUUCCACGUGCCUUUGGGGAAGAAAUGCAUGCGUUGGCUGAAAUGAGGCAAAAACCCCAACUCGGGAAAGCCGGUCCCCACCAGCAGCCCCCGCUCCUCUGUAGCUGAGAACAUCUUUUCUAGAGUCCUGAGCCAGGGCCUGAUUUGGAACAAUGCUCAGGUGAUACUCAAGGCCACCCAGAGGUACAUCAGCCAUGGAAUGUCCACUGACACUUCCACAGACUGUUGGAUUUGGUGCCCGUAACCCUCCAAGACCACACAAGGGACCUCCAGCAGCCAGCACUUUCCCCAAGGACCCAAGUCUCUGCUGGCCACCUUUGUGGCAUCCUGGGGGUUGGGGUAGGGGCAUCCAAGGAACAACGGUGACUGGCACAUACCUCAUCUUCUCACUCCCCAUCUACUCUCUUUUUCCCUCUUUAGUCUUCCUGAUUAUUUAUUGAUUUUUAAAAAAUUCAACAAACAUUGUGUGCACUCUGGGGCUCUGUUGCUGGUCCUGGUGUUUUCAUCAAGCUUGCUAUUGCUUCACCAGUAGCUGGGGAAUGCGGAGCUUAAAGAAUGGUUGUAGGGUUCCUCAGACAUGGGGUGUUGGGGGUGUCUAGGGUGUGUGGGUUUGCUGGUGGGCGAUCCCGUGAUGGCAGGUUGGAGGAUUUGUGAAAUGCCCUGUGCUGCCUCACUUCCGGCCCGCCUGCUUUCUUUCUCAUUGUGCACAUCAGUUCAUUCUCAGGCUAGGAGUCUACAGAACUCAGUGAAACCUCACUGGGGCCAGGUAGAGAGGGGUGAGCCACAGGCAUCAGAUCGUCGGCUCCGGUUACUGAUGUUUAAUCAGAAAAACCACUUUUUCUGUUGAAAGCAUUUCCAUAAAAGCCACUGCUCCUUUGGGGUGUGUGUGUGUGACAUUUUCCUGGUAGAGUGGGACGGAUGCAGUCUUGGAAGAAGAUGUGGGACCUGCUCUCCCCAGCACAGGGUCCCCCUCUGAAAACUGGGAGGGAGGGAUUACAGGAUCCUGGGAAGGGAGGACUCAGUCCACAGAUGGCUUCCGGCCAUUCACAAGAGUCCCCGGAAGUUGCACACCAAAGUUGUUUUUUCCCCAGAGUCUGCAUAUAAACAUUUUUCUGGGGAGAGUUUCCACAGUUUUUAUUAGAUUCUCAAAUAUUCAGAAUCCCUACAAACAAAAAACAAAGAAAACUUGUUGCAACUUUAAAAUUCUCCAAACCAUAUGACUCUUUUGACUGAUAGAGGCUGAUAGAUUGCUGUGAGGUCAUAAUUCUGGGCAGACAUCCUCAAAGGCUGGACCUCACAGUGUGCUGAUGUGAAGACCUCUGUACACAUUUGUCAGUUGGCGGUUAAUCCUGGGGACAAACUGGAGAAAAGUGAGCAGUGACACAGGGAGCAGUGUUGAUCCCUGAACUCUUCCCUUCUCCCACAAGCUGAGUCUAAUUAGGAAGUUCGGGUUGAGCAAUCUACUUCUUUGGGUUUUACUGAGUGAGAAUUGGUCUUCAAAGUGCAGAUGUGCCCAUGUCUGAGCUGGAUGCAGCCCAGGUCAGUUGUCUGGUCAGUAUGGUCUCUCCCUCCCCACGUUCAAGCUGUGAGAUAUCUUCAAGCCCACCAAAUUCAGCUCUCCCGUUUUACAGAUGAGAAAAGCAAGGCCCAGAGAACGAGAGUGAACCCAUCUUAAAAGACAGAACAGGUCAAAGACGUGGAACAAAAAUAGGAUGUUAUUGGUUUCAUGUUUAAAAUAUCCAGAUAUGGGCUUUCCUAGCAUCACGAAAAAAUGUAACUGAAAAGUGGGUGACUGAGUCUCUGUUCUGCCUCUCAGCGCUUAGCUCCUUCUCAGGGUGCCCACAUGGCCCUCUGGAAGAGACAAUAAUCUUUCCCUUAGCCCCACAGACAUCUCCUUGUGUCCCACUGGCUUAGCAAAGUGUACUUAACUGAAUAAAAGCCAGUCAUUGUGGCCAGGGUUAAAUGCACCAGUUGAGGCAAUGGCAGGGCUCCCUCGGGGCCUGAGUCCCAGCCCAGGGCUCUAUCCACUCCACAGGUGCAGAGCUCCUUGGACCCCAGCUCGGGGCUCUGGGCAGGGAGCAGGGGAGUCCCUGCCUGCUGCACAUGGGGCUGAACCUGAAGCCUCAAAGGCAAGGGCUGAUGCGGGUGGCCCAAGCGAUCUCAUAUAACACCCAGCCUGUGGGGUCCCCCAGCGAGCCAGGACGCUGAUUUCCUACAGCUGGAGUUGCAUGGCCCUCCCCUCCCCUCACCCACCUGUUAGGGGGGAAAGGAGGAAGGAUCUGUAGCCCCUGGCUCCCUGGAGGAAUCCGUGGCAAAGAAGAAAGUCUUCAAAUGGACACCUUUUGAAAUGGCUUUGUCAGGCACCAUCCAGCAAACCACAGGGGCUGGGGUUAGUGGAAGAAGCCAGAUACAAAAAGAUAGAACAUCAAUAGGAAAAGCAGAUAAGAAAGGGGAGAGGGCAGGUCAGAUCUGGGUGAUUUGGGGAAAGGGCGGAUUGGGAGCCUUAGAUGGAACUGCAAUCCUGAAGGGGGCUUCUGAGUCCAAGGUGGGACAGAGCCACAGGGAACGGUUAGAACUGUGAUGCUUGCUUUCAUUGUUCUAGUCAGGGUAGCCUGAAAACAAGUAAAGUGGAAAACAGGAAAGAACCCACUCUCCCUUGCCUGCUUAUGAUGGGAAAUGCUUUCUCCAGAGAAGCCCAAGCCCUGAGUGGCCACUGCCCAGCUCAAGGUGGCUGGAUGCCAGCCAUGAGACAUUAGCCACUGUCCUUGCCCCUCUGAAGCACUCAGGGAUGUUGUCGUGUCCAUUGUGGUCAUCUGGCUUGCAGCAAACGUGUCCCCACGCCAGGCUGCUUAUCCUCCCCGUGGUCUGGGCUAGCCAGAUUUGAGGGUCAACUCUCCUCUUGUUUGUAGUGAAAACACCCCCUCUUGCACCCCUGGGUGCUACCUGACACCCGUGCAAAGAAAAGAAGGGAGAGUUGGGAGGAAAAGGCAGCAACAGGCAGAGAAGUAUCUCCCAGUUUGUCAAUUUCAGGGCAUUAGCAACUUUUUUUUUUUUCCUUACCAAAAAAGCACUGAAUUUCCUACAGGGAGUGAGCCUGAUUCCAGCCUGUUCUCCCUCCCAGCCCAUCAGACGAUCCACACUCGGGUUGAACUCAGUUCCAUCACUCAGCUUCUGUCAUAGCACAAAACUGCCAUUGAUUGCCACUUGCCAAUGGUCCUGGGCCAGGACUCCAGCUUGAACCCCCGAACCUGCGUCAGGAAUUGCCUGCCACGUUAGGAUGACCGUGGGUUCAUUCCCUUCCUCCUGCACAAUUGCUUUUGUAUUUCACUGAAUUCCCUUCAAAGCCAAAGUUUCUUGAGCACUUUUUCUUCUUUGCAGUCUUGUCUGCUUGGUUGUUGAUGUUUUAAAAUUUGCUUCCAGUUCCCCUUCGCUUCUCUGUGUUUGUUUUGCAGCUGCUCAUAGGAUGCAUUUUGAAUGACGGUAGCAAGAGUCGGCCUUCCUGGGCUCCUGUUCUGUUUUAUUUAUUGUUGAAUAUUUCCAAUGAUUCAAAUCAAAGUGAAUUAAAAAGACCUAUUUUAUCGUU